AUGGCUAACCUCCCUAACUUAAGGCGCCUCUUUGUCGAGGCUAGAACGGAGGUGGAGGAGAACGAGUACUCCCGAAAGGCCUUCUACAAUCUCGUCCUCUUCAUCUCUUCUGUUGCUAUCUUCAGCUUGACUGCCCAGCGCAUGAGUGGUCCGAAAAAUGGGCGAUAA